CUUUAGCAGAGCUGGAUGUGUGGCUCGGUGUAUGAGAUGGUAAAGACCGUAAGGGUACUCAGACCACAUUAUUAACCCGUCUUAGGUUAGUGAACAGCUGUUUGAUAUCUUGUUUUUGUGCGUGCUGUUCUGCUUUAUGCGUUUUUUUUACGACUAUGGGUGGACACCACUCCUACAUAUUAUAAACGUCCUCUCAGGAGCUGCUGUAAAGGAGUAUCAGGACAGGAGCAGUAGUUCAUGGAAGACAAGAAAAGGAAGAAAGACGACAAAAGGAAAAGGGAAGCCUCUCAGAAGGGGACAGAACAAAAAAACAAAGUGCCAGACUUGUCUAAACCGGUGUCUGCCCAGUCUCCUGCCAUUCAGAGCAGCUCUGCCUCCCCCAGCCCUGGACCCACCCCCUCUGCCUCUCCAUCCCCCGCCACCUUGGGCCCUGGCAGUGCUGCCAACCCGUCUCAGGGCGGCAACAAUGCCAAGCGCCUGGCGGUGGCCAACGGACAACCAACCUCCAACACCAUUUCUUCUUCCACCGCUGGCGGCGCCAGUGCUGCUGGAAACAGCAGUACCAGUAGCGGAGGCGGUGCCCAGGCACCUCAGCAGCAACCGCGCUACAUGCCGAGAGAAGUGCCGCCACGAUUCCGCUGCCAGCAGGACCAUAAAGUGCUACUGAAGAGGGGUCAGCCGCCACUGUCCUCCAUGCUGCUGGGAGGAGGAGGAGGGGGAGGAGGGGAUGGCCCCAAUGCAAACAUGGCUGCUGUCUCAGAUUCGGGUGCAGCUGCCUCCUCAUUGGCCCUAACCUCAUCAUCAGUUGCUGCUUCUACUACUACUUCUAAUUAUGCAAAUUCCAUGUGGGGGACGAGCUCAGGCAGCCAGGCCUCUUCUCAGGGUAGGGAGAAGGUUAUUGUCGAUGGCAACGACCUGGAGGAGUGGCCUAGCAUCGCUGGCAAUGAUGGGGGAGGAGCUUCUUUCACUGGGACUGGGGGGGGCAGCAGCAGCAACAACGUAAUGCCUGUGAACAGCGUCAGUGCCUCUGGCAACCAAUCCUCAUCUACUUCCUCGUUCUCUUUGCCCAAUGAAUGUAUGCAGUCGUCCAAUGGCGUGGCGUGGGGAAUGGCUGCCUCCCAGGGUCAUCUUGGAGGAGGGAAUGCAGUAGCUGGCCCUCUGCUACAACAGCCCUCCUCACUUUCCAAAGCCUCCACUGUGCCAGGAAGCCAUGAUGCCAGUGGCCCCGUCGAUGGCAGCAGUGGUCUUACAGGUGCCAAUUUCAAUCCAAAUGCCAACCCUUCGGCCUGGCCUGCCCUGGUGCAGCAGGAUGGGCCCGCUGCUGUAGGGGAAGGAGGUUCUCCUUCCUUCCACCACCAGGGCCCUGGAGGGUCUUCGUCUGCCAACAGCUCUGCUUCCCUGGGCCUGGGAGGCGGGGCAGUCGUGGUGCCGGGGGGUCACCCACCUUUAUCUGUGAAUCAAUCAAGCCCCCAUCAGCGCCAACUUCACCAAAUGCAAUCCAGAGACAGAGAAAUUGGAGCGGGGAAGUGGGACAGCGAAUCAGUGGGACCAAAAAUUGUAGGGGGGGAAGGCAUUGGGGGAGGAAUGGACCGAAGUGUAGGAGGAGGUGAGAUGAGUGUGGGGGACCACAACCUUGUCUCCACAUGGAGAGGCCAGCCUUCUUUCCCUGCAGCUAACUCCAAAACGGGUGCCUCAAGGACUGAUGGUUGGGGUGAUGGAGGAGGUGGGGCAGGGGGCUUCGGAGCUGCUGAAGGAGAUAAUGGAACCACGGGUUGGGGAUAUCCGAAUUCCACUAGUGGGGUUAAUGCGUGGGGCAGUGCUGGAACUGGGGGAAACAGUAGUCAAACCUCCGGGGUAUCUCAGGGAGGAUGGGGGUCAUCAGGACUAGGAGUGGACAGAGGGGUUUCCGGUAGUGAUUGGGGUGGUAAAUCCACCGUUGUUGGUGGAGCUAAUCCUGGAGGAGAGGGAAUGGGUGGAGCAUGCAGUAGUAACAGCAGCAGUAGUGGGGGCAGCACAGCAGGUAACCCCCCUGCGGCCCCCACUUCUUCCUCAACUGCCACUACUACAACCAGAGCCUGGGACAAUCAGAAGGGAGAGGGUGAAACAGGGGAGUGGGGUGGGAGUGUAGAAGGACAGGGAACACAGGGAGGAUCUUCAUCCAGUGGCGGAAAUUCCAGGAGCGGGAGCGGCAGCAGUCAUAGUCGUCCGCGUCGCACAUCACCUAACGCUGAAGCUGCCUUACAGAACCUGCUCAGUCGGUCUGAUCUGGACCCUCGGGUUCUGUCCAACACCGGCUGGGGCCAAACACAGAUCCGGCAAAACACAGCCUGGGAAUAUGGAGAUCAUGGAGGACAGAGUAAAGUUGGAAUGCCAUCAGCUACAUCAAAACAACCAUCUUCCCUUGGUGGUUCUUCUCAGUAUUCUGGUGGACCCAGGACCCAAAUCACUGAUUCCAUGGGUCCAGGGGCCGGUCCUUCCCUUGUUCCCUCUGCUGGGUCCUCCGGAGAAGGCUGGGAGAGCAGCAGCAACAGUAGCAGUAGUGGGGCCUCUUUGUCCGGGAGAGCCCCACCACCUUCAGGCCCAAACAUGAGGAAUCUUGGCGUUUCACAAUCUGGGCCAGUGACCACAACAGGACCUGGUAUGGGGUCUGGGGUUAUUCCAGGACACAGCCAGCAGGGGAAAACUACAGGCUGGGGUGGAGGUGGGAUGGGGGCAGGAGAUGGCCAGGAGUCCAAGGGUUGGGGGAAUGAGGAAUGGAGAGACAGUAGUAGAGGAGGAAAUGGAGAUGGAUGGGGUGAUCUUGGUCAACAAAGUGAACCAGUGAGGGGAGGCUGGGGGGGGACUCAGGAAGAGAAAGGGACAGGGAGCUGGAAAGAAAUGGGAGGGAAUGGAGGAGGAAGUGGGUGGGGAUCAGGACAGAAGGCUGGAGUAGGUAGGGACUGGGGAGAGCAACAGUCCAAAUCAAAUAGUGGAGGAGGUGGAUGGGAGGAAGAGAGGAACAAUGGAGGAAACUCAGGUGGGGAUUCAGGUGCGGGUGGUUGGGGAAGUUGGGAUGAUGGUACACCCCGGAGGACCUGGGGAGCAGGGGGCACAGGGGGAGGAGGUAGUGGUGGUGGGGGGGUGGGUGUUGUUGGAGGCAUGGGGUCCAAACCCAAUCAAAGUUGGAGUGGAGGAAACAAAAUGCACCAGAUGCCAAACAGCCAGCCGGGCUCCAUCACAGGCCCGCAGGCACAACUGCAACAGCAACAAUCACAGCCCCGCAAUCAGCAUCCACAGCGACAGCAAACGAUGGACCAAGGGGCUAUGCAAGGGGGCGGUGGGAGGAAACCAAUCUCUCAAGCCCAGAAUCAGAACCAAAGCUCAGGCUGGACCUCAGGGCCUAUUCCUGGUGGUUCUGGAGGAAGUGGAAGUGGAUCUGAACCAAGCGGAUGGGAGGAACCCUCGCCGCAGUCUAUAAGCAGGAAGAACGAGAUAGAUGAUGGAACAUCAGCAUGGGGAGACCCAACCAAUUACAACUACAAGCCUGUCAACCUGUGGGACAAGAACAGUGCCCCUGCUGGCCAGCAGUCUCAUGGCCAGGGUCUGGCUCAACAGCAACAGCAGCAGCAGCAACAACAACAACAACAACAACAGCAACAACAAGAACAACAGCAGCAGCAGCAGCAGCAGCAGCAACAGCAGGGACCUCCAAUACAGCAGCAGCCUAGCAGGCAGGCUGCAGCGCUUGGAGGUAGCAGAGACUUCAACACUGGCCAUGGACCUACAAAAACUUCCUCUGUUGGUCCUUCAGGUUGGGGUGGUGCCUCUCCAACCAGUCCUACAGUGGACAAUGGCACGGCAGCUUGGGGAAAGCCUACUGAAGCCCCCACUGGCUGGGGAGAUCAUGAAGAUGCUGGAGGGAAGACUACAAGCUGGGGAAACCCUUCUCCAAACCCCAUCAAAUCUGGUUCAAAGUCUAUGCAAGAUGGCUGGGGUGACAAAGAGAGCUCUGUUGCUGCCUCACGUCACUCAAGUUGGGAGGAUGAGGAGGAGGGAGGUGGCAUGUGGAACAGCGCCGGCUCCCAGGGAAGCAGCUCAUCUUGGGGACAGGGAAGCAACGGGGGCUGGGGACAGAGCCAGGCUGGGAAGAAGCCCGGCAACAAGGGUCCUCUGAAGCCUGGGGGAGACUCAUGGAUGAGCCCCAUCAACAGACAGUUCUCUAACAUGGGACUUCUGAAUGACGAUCCCAGUGGCCCAAACAUGGACCUGGCUCCGGGUUCGCUCCAGGAGAAGAAGAUGGAUGUGGAUAAAAGAGGCAUGUUGAUGAACGAUUACAAUGGAGAUCUGAGGAAAGGAGGAAGAGGAGGAGGGGGGAUGUCUUAUCGUCCACCUGGUUCCAAAGAGGCAGUACCUGGGGAUCCUGGGUCCUACUAUGACAAGACCUUGCCUUUGACCAAUCAGGAUUGGUGCCUUGGGGAGGAGGGUCCUUACUCUCUGUACUCACCACCCACUGUCUUCAAGCCCCAUUCCCUCUUCAACCACACUGUCCCUUUUAGACAAGGUGGUCACAGUAUUUUCGGCAGUGGAGGAGGAAUGGCUCCGUCAAGACACCAGCCAAGUGUCCCACCCUUAAACCAGUCCCAAGGGAUGCGAGCGCAAGUGCCUCAUCAGUUCCUGUCACCUCAGGUGCCAGGCUCCGUGCUGAAGCAGAUGCCCCCUCCCAGCGGGAGUGUGGGGGGUGUCGGCAGCGUGGGAGGGGUGGCAGGACUGGGGGGAGGUGUGUUCCCUCCACAGCUGUCCCCUCAGCAUAUUGCCAUGCUAAGCAGCAUCUACCCACCUCACAUCCAGUUUCAGCUGGCUUGUCAGCUCCUCCUGCAGCAGCAGCAGCAGCAGCCCCAACAGCAGCCACAGCAGCUCCUGCAAAACCAGAGAAAGUUCACACCUAAUGUGCGGCAGCAGGCGGACCCUCAGCAGCUGGCAAGGAUCAUGGCGGUGCUUCGACAGCAGCAGCAGCAGCAACAGGUUGGGGGGUUAGGUGGCAGCUCCAAACUUUCCCCCUCCCACCAUAGUGGAGGUGUCGGAGGGGGUCCCAAACUGCCUGGGGCUGAAUCCCUGCCUCAUCCAGGCCUGGCAGCAUCUAUGGCUGACCUGCACCAAAAAACUCUUGGACACUAUUCUGGUUUUAGUUCUGGGGUGAACCUUCAAGGUCUUGACCUGGGUGGCUCUGUGGUGGGGGGGCCUGGGGGCAUGAAAGACCUAGGGGGUCAGAAGUCUCGAUUCAAAUGGAUGAUGGAGGGACACUCUUCUCCAGAUGCCUCCUCACCAGAGAACGCAUUCCACAAAAAUGGUCCUGUCACCCCAAUGAAGAUGCCCGGGGGCUCGCCCUACUCUCAGUAUGACAUGAUGGUUGGAGACGGGCUUGGAGACAACUGGCAUCGCACCCCUGGCAACAAGAUGGGAAAUAAGCCUACCCCUACGCCCAGCUGGCCCCCUGAGUUCCAGCCUGGCGUGCCCUGGAAGGGAAUCGACCGUGUCGACCCUGAAUCUGACCCCUACAUGACCCCGGGGAGCAUGAUGGGAAAUGCAGUGUCCCCCAACCUCAAUGAUACUGAGCACCAGUUGUUACAAGAUAAUACUGAUCCUACCCCUCCCCUCAACACCUUGCUGCCUUCACCUGGUGCCUGGCCCUACAGUGCCUCAGACAGUCCCCUAAACAACGCACACAACUCAGCAAAGUACACAGACUACAAGACCAGCUGGCCCCCAGAGCCCAUUGGACACAAGUCCUGGAAAGCCAGCCGUGGCAGCAGCCAGAACCAGCUGUCCCGCCCACCUCCAGGAUUAGCCAGUCAAAAGCAGCCGUCACCUUCCCCCUGGUCAGGAGGAGCCCCUCGAUUGGCCGGCAGGAGCUGGGGUGGGGGCUCAAGCUCCUCUGGCUCGACCUGGAGUGACGGCAGCUCUCGGGAAAGCUGCUGGUUGGUGCUCAGCAACCUCACACCACAGAUUGAUGGCUCCACUCUGAGGACCAUCUGCAUGCAGCAUGGCCCUCUGCUGACUUUCCACCUUGGCCUGACCCAAGGCACUGCUCUGAUUCGCUACAGCUCUAAACAGGAAGCAGCCAAGGCUCAGAGUGCACUCCACAUGUGUGUUCUGGGUAACACAACCAUUUUGGCCGAGUUUGUGAGUGAGGAGGAUGUAGCUCGCUACAUUGCACAUUCCCAGGCAGGAGGAGCAGGGAGCGCUGGAGGUACAGCUGGCUCUGCAGGCUCUGGGCCUACAUCCGCCUCCGCAGUAGCAGCCAGUGGUAACGGAGGGAGCUGCGAGAGAGUGGGAGCAGGAGGCAGCGGCGUGGGAGGAGGAGUAGAAGGAGGAUCCACUGCUGGAGGAGGAGGAAGUGGAGGAGCCGGGCAUUCCAGCUCUGGGUGGCAGAGUCUGGACAGCACAGGCAGCUCAUCGGACCAGCCUGCCACCCAGGGGUCUGGGCUGGGCAUCUUCGCCCAGUGGAGCAACAAUGGUGCUGGGAUGGGAGGGGCCGGAGGCGUGGAGGCAGGAAGGCAGGGUCUGUGGGGGGGCAUGGGGGGGAUGAGCGGGUCGGGAUACCCCGGCAGUAGCCUCUGGGGUUCCCCGGCACUUGAAGAUUGUCACCAGAUGGGAAGCCCUGCCUCAUUGCUGCCAGGGGACCUGCUGGGAGGGGGGGCAGACUCCAUUUGAAAGGGCCGACUCACACUCUCACACACACACACACACACACACACACACACACACACACACACACACACACACACGCACACAAAAACAACACGUUUUACUCUUAAGUUGUAAUACAUAUUUCACACUGUAUUUAUUUACACAUAGUGAUUACAUUAAAUUAAAGCUACACUGGUUAGCCAAAAAGCAGACACUCAACAAUCAUGCCCCACCCAGGCUACAUGCAAAUACAUGCACACGUACACACACACACACACACACACAUUAAGCCGCUUAACUUUAAAUGAAGACAACAGUAAAACUUGAACCGGGGAAAAAGGUGAAAUCCAUUAAACUCUUAGGACUCAACUGGAUAGCUCUUUCUCUCUACUCCAAAUCCCACCAUCUGCAUCCAGAGACCCAAUCACUCAGGCAUGCACUGUAGACAGGCUCGGCCAGAGUUGAACACAUCAACAAGUUUAGCUAUUGCUGUUUUUAGUGUGCCACAGUUAUUUUUUUUUCUCUCCCUUUUUUAUUACUAUUUAAUGGUUGAAUCUCAAAAUUCCGACUUGCAGACUGAGCCCUCAUAGACCUGGCCGGCUCACUUCUGAGUUCUCAUGUUUGGAAGCUUGAGAGUUGGGAAGGAGCUGAAGUUUGUUGAAAUUUUUGGGACAGCGCCACACUACUGAGUCAACCGGACGAUCAGCAACCUUGAGGUUUGGAGAAGGAAGAGGGUUUUUAGUAGGUACUAACACACCUCUACCUUGGUGGAAAUAUGCCAUCAACAUGGGACCCAGGGUAAAAAAAAACCAACAACAAUUGAACAAAUACAACAUUAGCCAAACUUGCACUAUAUGCCUCUGGGGUUGUUGUUGACACAUCCUCCACAAAUCCCUCCAUGUUUUAAAACAGAGCUACAACACAACAACUACACAGACCUUACAGGACGACUUAAUGUUACAACAGCAGUGGCCUUGGCUAACACCCAGCGGCCGCCCGCCUGCCAUGUCAGCAGCAUCACACCUUCUCAUCAGUUACACUCUGCUCUUAUAUUUGACAAGCAAAAUUGUAACUCCUCGUUGAUGUAUGUCGGUUGUUUAUCAUUUCUUUCUGUUUUAAAAGAAAAGAGAAAUGUGUGAAACUUUGUGAAAAUCCAGAGAUGUCCUUUUUUUGCCCUUCAAACACUGACCUCGCUAUUGUAUUUUUUCUUACUCGAGAAAAUUAAGUUGGUUAUUAUAUAUUGUCAUGAUGUUAAUGAUGACUAUGGUCACUUAUUUACUCGCUGUACAAGGUGCCCUCCUGCCUGCCUGUGUGUGCAUGAAAGGAGCGAUGACAGUAUGACCGAAUGGAGAUGUGAUGAAGAUAAUGACGAAGAUAUCGGGAGUGUCUGUGUUAUUGCUACAAUGUUGAAUGUUUCUUUCUUUCUUGUCCAUGAGAGAUUCAUCAGAAUCGUUUGUGUGUGUGUGUGUUUGUUCAUGUGUGAUUGCGUGUGUGGUUGCUUUUGAACACUUAUCUGCUCUAGUCAGGGAAGUGAAUAGAUGUUAAUCUGACAACUUGCAUUUGAGUGAACGAGUUUGUGUGGUUGUGUUAUGUUUGCGUGCUUCUCUGUGUGUGAUAGCUAAUAAGUUCAAAAACAUUGGCACUAUUGCAUAUGUCUCUUAAGUUGUGUUUUUUAACAGCAUUUUGUUCUUGUUUUGGGUUUUUUUUUUCUGCCAAAUGCAAUAAGAGAAUAUUUUGUUUUUAAGACGAAGCAACCAACUGAAGGCGUCUCUAUUAAAGAUGCCAAAUCCUACCAUACCAAGCUGAGCUGGAACAGUGUUUUACAGACACGUUAAAGACAUUACCUGUUAUAUUUUACAGUUUUUUUUGUUUUGUUUUUUGUUAUGGUGUAUCAAUUUAAAUUAAGUCAGUCUUUAUUAUCACUCCUUUUCAGGUUGUUUUCAUUUGUUUCAGAUGUUACAAAGAGAAGAGGAAAUUAAUUUAAAGCAGAAAAGAACAAGAUAAUAAAGGUUGAAUUGAAGUCUAGUGUUUUGUUGUUUGAUUUGUGAGACUGAGUUGUGAACAGUUGACGUGGAUGUCAGGAAUCCGUUGCUCACGUCUGUAGCGUUUCCUUCAAUGCAGUAAUGUUCCUCACGCUGUCAGCAGAGCUGUCAUUUGUUUAGUAAAGUUUUUGCUCCCAGAGGUGAUUUUGAAUCUACUCUAUAUUAAUGAGCAGUGCAGGAAGACAAAAUGCUGUAUUCAUUUAAGGAAUAGUUCUUGAUGUUUUUCUUGCCCAUCUCAUUGUGUUGUUUCUUUUUGGUAUUCUUAACUUAAAUUAUAAUAAAGGAAAGAAACCUCUCAGUUCAAA